AUGUCCGCGCUGUUCAACACUGCCAUGGCUGUUGAGAGCUCUGAGCUCAGACUCGACACACUCGCGACAAAAGUCGUCUCAGACGACAUGAUGGCCCUCCUGUUCGAAAAGCGACCCGCCAGGAAGAGCUUGCUAGCCGCCCUCCACGUUGCGCUGAGCCUCGUCGAAGAACACAUACGCCUCCGACGUACAAAAGUGCUCAUGGCCAGCGGGCCCAGCGGUGAAGCUGUCGACCGAAGCCUCAUUCACGUCAUCCGGAGCUGCCUCAUCAAUAGAGAGUUGGUUGAUACUCUUCUAUUCGGUGCCUCGGUCUAUUAUCGCCAGGGAGAGGUGUUCACUCAUGUGAUCAGCUCCCUAGAUAUGGAUGUGCUGCUUCGACUGCUACAAGCCAAGAGCCCCGGUCAAGCGGCAUUCACCACCGCAUGGCAAGCUAUCUGGGUUCAGGCCUUCCUCAAGGUCUGCCAAGAGGAUCAGCUAGACCUGGGCCUCAUCUCUACACUUCUCGAAGCCGGGGCUCCUGUGGAGCAUUCAGCAGGUACAUGCUUCCUCCAUGCAGCAUCGACGUUCCAGCUACCUCUCCUGAAGAUGCUCGGCAGUAAAGUCGUUGAUGAGACGCUUUUCUCGUCUGCCUUCUCUUCUGCUGUAGAUAGGAGCGAAGAGGAGGGGACCGAGCCACACCACAUUCCGACCCUCCAGUAUCUUCUUCGCAACGGGGCUAAAAGCAGAGUGGUCUUUGAGACUGUUCAUGCCGCUGCUGCCCCCUGUAAGCUCCCAGCGUUACAGAUGCUGGCUGAAACUACUGGGGUUGACGAGACGCUCUUCACCUUCGUUUUUGACCAAGUAAUUCGACGGGAAGACGUUUGGCACACUACAGAUCACGUCCGGGUAGUAGAGCUGCUGCCUGAACACGGUGCGACCGGCGAGCCUGUGGCUGCAUUGCUUUUGAUGGCCUCGACGGCCACAUUGAAAGACGAUGCUCCCAGUUUGCCGGUUGACGUCCUACUUGGAGGGAAACGCGAACGUCAACUACAGGGGCGGCGCAGUCGUCCAGAUGGCGGCGGCGUAUGA